AUGCGAGCCUGUUCCAUGCAGGCCGCAGACGAACCGCAGACAGACUGCAGACUGAUCGCAGGCAAGCGGCAGAAGGAUCGCAAGCAGGCUGCAGACGGAUCGCAGGCAGGCUGUAGACAGACUGCAGAGGGAUCGCAGGCGGACCGCUGGGAGGCUGCAGGCAAGCGGCAGAAGGAUCGCAAGCAGGCUGUAGACGGACUGCAGACGGAUCGCAGGCAGGCUGUAGACGGACUGCAGACGGAUCGCAGGCAGGCUGUAGAGGGACUGCAGACGGAUCGCAGGCAGGCUGUAGACGGACUGCAGACGGAUCGCAGGCAGGCUGUAGACGGACUGCAGACGGAUCGCAGGCAGGCUGUAGAGGGACUGCAGACGGAUCGCAGGCAGGCUGUAGAGGGACUGCAGACGGAUCGCAGGCAGGCUGUAGACGGACUGCAGACUGAUAGCGAGGCAUGCUGUAGACAGGCUGCAGAUGGACCGCUGGGAGGCUGCAGGCAAGUGGCAGAAGGAUUGCAAGCAGGCUCAGACGGAUCGCAGAAGAAUCGCAGGCGGGCUGUAAACCGACCGCAGGAGGAUCACAGGCAGGCUGUAGACGGACUUCAGAUGCGUGUGAUAGCAGACAUCCACAUCAAUCAGACUAGAUGUUCUUGUCAUUCCAGGGUGAGUCAAGCGUUCUGAGUGCAGCCUGUGGUCCAUGAACGGGUCCUGCUGGUCCAGCAGUAGCUGCCUGAACUUUGUUCUCGGCUUAAAGAGCAUUACCUUGUGGUUGGAGGAAGCGAGCUGACUCUUAGGUGUCUUUAUCCACAUUUACCUGAGGUCCUGCUGACUCCCCCCUCCUUUAGGACCACAGCAGCGGCUGCACUACAUCCUCAGAGCUGCAGAAGCUCCGUCUCAGGAACCAGAAGUCCAUUAAACACCAGCUCUUCACUCUCAGACUUUUCUUUUACAGCUGUUAUUUUUCUCACAUCAUUAUUAUUUUCAGAAAGGCUCCUGAGCUCCAGCGAUGAGAUCAUGUAUGUUCCUGCGAGCAGGUUGGACUCGUGGACAUCUCAGGUUUCCCCUUCGGCUGCAUGUUCUGAUGUCUAAUGUUCUGACAGUGGGUUCUCCUCGUGUUUACCUCCCACUCCAGAGAUUGAUCCUCUGUUUGCCCCAAAGCUAUGAGCAGCAUUGAUGUCUGUGGAAGUAUGUGGAGAUGUUAACAGGUGUUCACUCUCUGAAAGCAUGCCCGUCACUUCCCGUGAUCACAUGACUGAAUUAAGUCAGACUGAAGCCCGGAGCAUCUCUGCACGCCAACGGCCAGAACCAGAGGUCCGGUUUAGAGCAGAAGCCAACUGAACUGAACCACAAGCUGCUUUUUCUGUUCUGUCUGAAACCUCAAUAAAUGGUCUAGUUAAGCUUUUUCCAAACACA